UUGACUUGGAAAUACAAUAACGGUCUCUCUCUAUCUCUCGGUAUAGAUUUAGGUAAGGAAAAAGUGUAGGUAUGCAUCCCAUAGAGAUAAUUAUUGUAAAGGGAAAAUAUUUCUUUGUGCAAAAUGUCUUUCUUCAUUCUUCCUUCUUUCAUUGUUCGCCUCGAACAUGCGCUUCAGGUGUAAAAACGCGCUGAGACAGACGGUGUUGCAGACGAAUGUCACCGGCUUUGUCUCUGCUGCAUGCCGUUUAAAGGGAACUGCCCCUUUAACCGCGUGGCCGUACUGCUCAUGCUCGGGGCUUUGUGCUGGAGUUUCCCCCUGUCAGAAACCAGCUGUGCGGACUGAAGAGCGAGAGCAGCAGGCAGGAGAAAGAAGCAGAAGAAGCGACGAUCCGGGGGGAGCUGCGGCUGUCGCAUCCUCGGAGGAGAACAAACCCGGGCAGAGGGGAGGGCGCGUCUUUGUCUGGGAACACAUCCAGCAGGAGAGGAGCGCACGGUCGUCUGAGCUCCGUGGUUUGAUUUUAUCUCCUGGAUUACAGCUUUUCCGCGCUGAGAGAGCAUCAUCCGGUCACGAUCGCGUGUAUUCAUUGGAAACUGCACACUGGAAGUUAUCUGGAAGAGUUGCUUGGACGCGCGUAAGGGGGCUUUCGAUGUCAAAGUGGAUGAGUAGGCUACGAGAGGAAAUGCGUUCACGGGGUUUUUAACGUCGGAGCAGUUUCCAUCAAAGUUUCACCUCUUUGUCCCGUCCCGCAGCUUCUUUCCCGCAGCUCGGCAUGUUCUGACAGCGUAACUGCUGUUUUCCUGCGCCUUUCCCACAGGCGUCACAGGUAAGCUGCUUGAGCCAAGUGACACCUCAGCUCAUGACAACACAUCACCUCACAGCCUAACGUGACGGCUCGCUUUCUCUCAGCUUGCAGCCUCGGAAAAAAACAAGUCUGUCCGCGUCCAUCAUGGUCCUUGUUAGCGAGACACGUCUGCUCACCUGGACCAGGUCUUCACAGAGCAGGUCCCGGGAAGUGUUAAAAAUAUACCUGGGAAUACUGAUGAUGCUUCAUCUCGUGGUCCACGCGGAAGCCUCCUCGGUCUCCAAGUCUUGUGAUAAAAGCUGUUUUUCAGGGAAGUGCAUCAACGGGACCUGCGUGUGUGACCACGGCUGGGUCGGGGAUCAGUGCCAGCACUGUCAGGGAAGAUUCAAGUUAACAGACCUGUCAGGCUCUCUCACAGAUGGUCCAUUCAACUAUAAGUACAAGACCAAGUGCACUUGGUUAAUAGAAGGAUUCCCCAACGCUGUACUCAGGCUUCGCUUCAAUCACUUUGCCACAGAGUGCAGCUGGGACCACAUGUACGUCUAUGAUGGAGACUCCAUUUACGCCCCUUUGAUUGCCGUCUUCAGCGGUCUAGUGGUGCCAGAGACCAGAGGUAAUGAGACAAUUCCUGAGGUUGUGACAACAUCCGGCUACGCUCUGCUUCACUUCUUCAGUGAUGCUGCCUACAACUUGACUGGUUUCAGCAUCGCCUACUCGAUAAACUCUUGUCCCAACAACUGUUCGGGCCACGGCAGAUGCAGCACGGCGAACUCUGUCGCAGGACGUGUGUACUGCGAGUGUGAGGAGUACUGGAAGGGGGACGCAUGCGACAUCCCUUACUGCAGAGACAACUGUGGCAGCCCAGAUCAUGGCUACUGUGACCUGACCGGAGAGAAGCUGUGUGUCUGCAACGACAGCUGGCAAGGUCCAGACUGCUCUCUUUCCGUUCCCUCCACUGAGGCUUUCUGGGUGCUGCCCAGCAUUAAACCAUCUGCUCAGUCUCUGGGUCGAGCGUCCCACCGGGCUCUGGUGCAUUCUGGGUUGAUGUGGGUGGUGGGAGGUUACUCCUUCAACUACUCCAACUACCACAUGGUUCUCAACUACAACCUAGAGACCAGCACGUGGGAUGUGGUGCCUGUCAGCAGCGGUCCUCUCUACAGAUACGGACACUCACUGGCUCUGCAUCAGGAUGACAUCUACUUGUUUGGCGGGAAGUUGGAAGCAGGCCCUGCUAAUGUGACAGAUGAGAUGUGGGUGUUCAACAUCCCCAGGCGUACCUGGUCAUUACGGAAACCAGUCCCGCCACCUCCUUAUGCCCUGGAGGGACACACGGCACAUGUGGUGGAGCUGGCCAAUGGCGAGCCAGUGAUGCUUAUCAUUUUCGGCUACUCACCAAUCUACAGCUACAUCAAUAAAGUGCAAGAGUACAACAUCAGGUCUAACUCGUGGCAGGUUGUGUCUUCCGGAGGUGCAGUGGUCCAGGGAGGUUACGGUCACAGCAGCGUGUAUGAUGAAGCCAGUGGCUGUGUGUUUGUCCACGGGGGAUACAAGGCACUAAAUAACAACAAAUAUGGCCUGGUGGACCACAUGUACCGCUACCACGUCCACACAAGAACAUGGUUAAUCCUCAAGGAGAGUGGUUUGGCACGGUACCUCCACUCGGCGGUGCUGCUGAGCGGCACAAUGCUGGUUUUCGGGGGAAACACUCACAAUGACACAUCUCUGAGCAACGGAGCGAAGUGUUUCUCUGCAGACUUUCUGACUUAUGAUAUUGCUUGUGAUGAGUGGACUGUCCUUCCCAGACCAGGCCUGCACCGGGACAUCAACCGCUUUGGACACUCUGCUGUGGUUAGCAACGGCUCCAUGUACAUCUUUGGAGGCUUUUCUGGUAUGCUUCUGAACGACGUGCUGGCUUACACACCUCCAUCCUGCCAGGCCUUCUCUAGCCCAGCUUUGUGCGCCGCUGCCGGGCCAGGCGUUCGUUGUCACUGGGUGAAAAGUAGAUGUGUCCCCUGGAAGCCGAAACCACCCGACCACCUUUUUCCUGCUCCUUUCUGCCCUGCUCGGCCUGACAGUACAGAUGAGCAGUGUUUCCGCUUCUCAGACUGUGCGAGCUGCACUGCCAACACAAGAGGAUGUCAGUGGUGUGAGGACAGGAAGUGCAUAUCUGCCUCAAGCAACUGCACUGUGACGGUAAGAGACUCAUCCAGGUGUAAGCGCAGGGAAGAGCUGGAGUGUUUCAGGCUGGCCAGCUGCAGGAGCUGCUCACUGAACGUCAACUGCCAGUGGGAGUCACAGCAGCAGGAGUGUCAGGCGUUGCCUGGCCAGCUGUGUGGGGACGGCUGGCACCAGGUCGGCGAGGUCUGCCUGAGGAUCAACUCCAGCAGAGAGAGCUAUGACAAUGCCCAGCAUUAUUGCAAAAACCUUGGAGGAAAUAUUGCCUCUUUGUUGACAGACAAACAGGUCAAUUUUGUUCUGGAAGAGCUACAAAAAUAUCAGCUACAAGACAAGAUGUUAUCUCCAUGGGUUGGCCUGAGGAAGAUUAACGUGUCGUACUGGGGCUGGGAAGAUGCAUCCCCCUUCACCAACACCACCCUGCGAUGGUCACCUGGAGAGCCCAGUGACUCAGGCUUUUGUGCUUACUUGGAACAAGCUCAGAUGGCUGGUCUUAAGGCCAACCCCUGCACUGCCACCACUGAUGGCCUGAUCUGUGAAAAACCUGCUGGGAGUCCCCAGAGUCAGAGUGCUCGUCCCUGUAAGACGCCUUGUGCUCUGCGCACCAGCUGUGCCAACUGCACCAGCCAGGCCAUGGAGUGCAUGUGGUGUGGAAGUACUCAGCGCUGUGUAGACUCCUCUGCGUAUGUUAUUUCCUUCCCCUACGGCCAGUGUCUGGAGUGGCAGACCCAGGAUUGUACUGCCCAAAACUGUUCAGGUCUGAGGACGUGUGCCGAGUGUCUGGAGAGGGUGGAGUGUGGUUGGUGCGGUGAUCCCAGUAACACCGGUAGGGGCGUUUGCAUGGAGGGCUCCUACAGAGGCCCUCUAAAGCCUGUGACUGCGAAGGCAGGGCCCAGAGACCGGGAUAGACUGCGAGACAGGGACUUGGUGGUGGAUCAGGGUCUCUGUUCAUCAGACAGAGGCUACAACUGGGCUUUUAUUCAGUGCCCCGCAUGCCAAUGUAACGGUCACAGCAGGUGUGUGAACGGCAGCGUAUGCGAACACUGUGGAAACCUGACAGCAGGGACGCACUGCCAGAGCUGCAUGCCUGGUUACUAUGGCGACCCCACCAAUGGAGGGAAGUGUAAUGCAUGCAAGUGUAACAGCCAUGCCAACGUUUGCCACGUCAACACGGGAAAGUGCUUCUGUACCACCAAGGGCGUCAAGGGAGACCAGUGUCAGCUAUGUGACUCAGAGAACCGUUACCUUGGUAACCCCCUUCGAGGAACCUGUUAUUAUAACCUGUUGAUCGAUUACCAGUUUACCUUCAGUCUGCUUCAGGAAGAUGACCGCUACUACACUGCCAUCAACUUUAUGGCAACACCUGAACAGGCCAACAAAAACCUGGAUAUGUCCAUCAACGCCUCAAACAACUUUAACCUGAACAUCACCUGGUCCUUAAGUUCAACCGCUGGAACCAUCUCAGGUGAGGAGAUGCCCAUCAUAGCGAGGAUGAACAUUAAAGAGCACCGUGACAGUUUCUCUAGUGAAAAGUUCAACUUCAGACUUCACCACAACAUCACCUUCUACGUGUAUGUGUCCAACUUCAGCUGGCCAAUCAAGAUCCAGAUUGCUUUCUCUCAGCACAACAGCAUCAUGGACCUGGUGCAGUUCUUCGUUACCUUCUUCAGCUGUUUCCUGUCGCUGUUGCUGGUGGCUGCUGUAGUUUGGAAAAUCAAACAGACCUGCUGGGCCUCACGACGUAGAGAGCAGCUGAUGAGAGAGCGACAGCAGAUGGCCAGUCGUCCCUUCGCCUCGGUCACUGUAGCACUGGAGGUUGGUGAUGACCAAGAGGAGCUGCUACAGGCAGUGCCGAAGCCCAUAGCCAUGGAGCCGUGCUGGGGAAGCAGAGCAGGUGUUCUCACAGUGCUACUGUACCUGCCCAGAAUCCCAUCUGGAAUACCUCCACCUGGACAGUCUGGUAUCGCCAUAGCCAGUGCUCUGGUGGACACGUCACAGCAGCGAGUGAUGGACUUGAAAGAGAGAGCCCUGGGUCUGAAGCACCGCAAACACAUUGUGCACCAUCAAGGGACCUGCGUUUGAACUAUGUGCCCUCAACGAGGUACAACCACAUCCAAUACGUCCAAAGGGGAAUUUCACUGGACACACUACUUUUGACUUUAGACACAAUGGAGAAUUGUGAACACAAAGGCAAAGCCUGCAAAAAAAAUAGGGUUGGAUGAUCCUUGAUCUUAAAGUGGUUUGGAAAGAGGACGGAUAUGGAUUGGAGCAUACAGAUGGGGCGAAACUACUCUCUUCACAGGCACCCAAAAGUGGUAAAUGGUACUUGUAGUCCCUUUCUUCCUUGGACCAGAUACAAGGUUUUUGUCAUUGUCCCCUGUCUGUAUAUUUUCGGAGAAGUACUUGCAAAUUGAGAAUGAGAAUGUGUCUCUCCACCACAGCUUUGUUCAGAAAUUUGCCACGAGGAGCUGGCAGACCUUUUCCAUUUUCAUGCCAUGUGGUUUUGUCUCUCCCGGGUUCUACAGUCUGCCAUAUUGACAGAGAAAAUAAAAUAGAACUGUCGUUUUUCACCAAACAAAACUAAAUGGCUUUGACCUCCAGUGAAAAGAUAUUGAUAGCUGAUAUAAAGUCCUCCUGAUUUACAAACCCAAUGAGACUCAGGAGCAAAACUAGUAAAGAAGAACACCGAUUUAACUAGAUAAUUGCAAAACUCUCUAGUUGGUGGGGGUUUAUUACAAUGAUUAACUAGAGGAAAAAGUUUCAUUUGCUAAUUUUGAAGUUGUGAAUUCAAAGAACUGCAUUUUUGCUAUGAAGCUCAUUGGAUGCAAGUAAAAAAAUGUGUUUUAUGAAAUAUGUGUGGUUUGUUUUUCCCUACACUGACAGUUGAAGUUAUAGGUUUUAAUAUCUGCUCAGGUCCUCUGUGAUGAAAAAGGUCCAUUAUCUGUAGCUCUGGGCCUUAUAUACACACAUUUGUAUAUGCACUAUAAGUGAAAUGCUUUACCCGUACAUUAAAACCCUCUGUGGAAUUUUAUUAUGCAACUGAUCUUCCAAACAUGAUGUUUAUUCUGGGCUGCGAUGUAACCUCAAGGUCGGUAUCACACACAAACUACUGAUGGUAUUCAUAUGCCUUUUUUUUAUUUUUCAUUACUGUGAAGCUACCAUAUACAUCUUUCCUCAUGAUAUUUCAAGUCUGUUUAUCUGUAACACAAACUUUAAUAUAACAUAUCUCAGUAUAUAUUAUUUAUUAAGAAUGCAAAAUGCGGUUAAACAUUUUUUAAUUAACUCACAAAGUUUUGUUUUUGUUUUGUUUUUUAAACAGAAACUGUAGAUAAUUAAUUUUAUAAAGCAAGUCUGUGCAGUAAUCACGUUUCUUUGCUCGUGCCCUCAGUGUCUUUAUUCAUUUCUAACUCUUCAUUUUGUACAUCACAGAAAGUUUCAUGUGAUGUUAAGAUGCUUUCCCUUUAUCGCUUGUAUCAAACCUCCAUUUAAUGUUGUAAAGUCACCUUUAUCAGCUGCACUGCAUACAAAGUAACAUGAUGUCUUGAUGCACAUGUAUUACCUACUGUUUUCUUUCAGGCAUUUUGACGUAAUUUUGCACCAAUUUGUUGCUGAGAUUUGGAUUUACAAAGGGCAGCUCACCACCGUGUAUUUGUCCAUAUGAGCAUUAAAUCUGUACAUUUACAAUUUUAAAAAAUUAAAUGCUUCUUUGUGUUGGUAUUCAGUCUGAAACUGUGUGUACUGUUACCUCUGGUGUUGGGAAACCACAUUCAUUGGUGUUCUCAGGAUGUCAGUCGGGUCGAAUGACAAGAUCAGCCAGAACUACAGACAGUAUCAUCCAACACUGUUUCUAGAGUUACAUAACGACUCUCACAGCAUCCUGUAAAGUUAACGUUACUUUAAACGUAAUGUCUCGCAGAAAGAUGGUGUUGAAUUUCCACGAUUUCCACGUGCUAUCAACAUCCUAGGUAUCUAAAGCGCCCCUGCUCUAUUAAUAUGUACCAAAUCUAAUUAUUAAAGGCUUCAUUAAAUGGAUUCCACAGGUGUACCUAAUAUAGUGGCCACUGUAUUGUUUCCUGUUCACUUUCUGUCUCUGUUUUAUAAUGUCCCUGGUUAUAACCAUCACUGCCUCCUAUUUGUCAUAAUGUGUGUGCAAAGAGGGGACAUCAACAACACUUCCAUUACAUUUCUCACCAUAGAAGCCAAAUGUCCUCUUUAAUAUACAAAUUAAACAAUGACUGCAUUCCAUCCAUGCGUACCUCCUUGCCAUUUGGUUCUAUGUAUUGAGCAUCACAGUAAGAUGUUGUUUAAUAAAACCUGGAUAUGGCUCAACAUUUG